UUUAAUCGCAAAAAUUAUGUCGUCUAACGUUGCAAGUUCCUCCACUGGUGUUCCUGUUAUUCCUCUUCCGACAUUCGAGGAAGUGAAAGGAUAUAAUGCCGUAGAACUUAAUUUAUUUUUGAAAGAGAGGUUAAGCGACAUUGAUAAUCACAUAGACACGUUAACAGCUGAAGAAGUCAAAGGCUCGAUCUUUUUUAAAUUAACGUACGAAGGUCUUAAAGCUUAUGGAAUACCUCUUGGAGCUUCUACAAUGAUUGUAAAUUUGAUUAAUGAAUAUAAAGGACUAUUUAGGAUACAAACGAAGAAAAAUUGAUGAUGAAGAAGAAAUUCAAAGUGAUAACUAUGAUAAUGAAUCUCUUGAAAAGGUUUGGAAAGCAUUCAAGGAGGCGACAAUAGAUGACAAUGUCCUUAAUUUGUCCAAUGAUGCUUCCUAUUUUCUGGGCGUUGACGAUUACGGAAAUCCAAUAUCUACUAUAUUCAUCCGCGAUUGCUAUCUCGAUUUGUCCAAGAUAAUUUUUGAAAGUAAUAGGUCUCGUUGGCGUAUUACCGGAAACCCGGGGAUUGGGAAAACCUUCUUCGGUUAUUAUUUGCUUUAUAUUAUUGCAAAAGCCAAUAGAACGGUCGUAUACCACCAACAUCACAGAUCUCCGAUUCUUUUCAGCGAAGACAAAGUUUACUGUAGUAAGGUAGACGAUAUUCACCUAUUCAAGGAUUACCUAGGAAAAAAUGAUACUUGGUAUAUUGUAGACGCUCGGGAACCGAUGGAAUUUCGUGGAAAAACUAUUCUUGUCUGUUCGCCCCAGAUGACAUACUAUAAAACGUUUGAUUCACUUGGGAUAAAUGUACGAUACAUGCCGGUGUGGUCUCUUGCAGAGAUCGAUAUUUGUAGGGAUAAAAUUGAUAUUUUCAAACAUCUUACUAAAGAAGAAGUUCAGGCACUGCAUUAUAAAUGGGGUGGGAUUCCUCGAUUUGUCUUGUUUCAUGCACACAAUUACAAUUCGCAAAAACAAAUGGAUACUGCAAUUAAUGAAGUAGAAAAAAGCAUAAUGUAUUUUGUUGGUGAAACCUCUUCGGGCAACAGUGCAAAUCAUAAACUCGUUCAUAUCUGUACAAAUGUACCAAUGAAAGAGGCGGAUCAAGCAGAAGAGGUGGAUCAAGAGGAAGAGGCGGGUCAAGAGGAAGAGGCACGAAAUAUACAAAAUAAAGGAAAGGGGAGAGAAAUUGAAGGUUCUUCUACAUCAGCAACUCUCGUGAAUUCGGCAGACCUCGCAACUUCCACAGAUUCUAAACUCGCUGAUAAAAUGUCUUAUUAUAGUGAACGUAUUCUAGAGUUUGCGUCUGAUUACGUUUCCGAAAUGGUAAUAAACAAACUUGCUGAAAAACACAAGCAAGAAUUGUUAGAUUUUGUGAAUAGUAGCGAUGAUUUGAAUGAAUUUGGUUCACUCCGAGGUACUAUGUUUGAGCGACUUGCUCAUCGAAAGUUGCUACGUGGAGGAAAAUUUAAAGUUCGCCCUAUAGAUCGAGACUUCAAAAGGAAUGAUCCAAGGCUUGUACUGAAUAACAUGGAAAAAGUGUUGUUUAGUGACAUUGAUGAUAUUGGAGAUGCUACAAAUACAUCCGGUACUACUAAAUAUUACAUACCAACUCAAAAAAAUAAAAAGUCGUUCGAUUCUUUUAUCCCUACAAACAAGUUCUUCCAGAUGACUAUUGCAGAGAGACAUCCUAUCGUCAAGAGUGGCCUGGAAAAGUAUAUUCGUGGAAUAACACGUCCAGAUGAGGAGAUCAGUUUUUACUUUGUUUUACCUGAAACAAGAUUUACUACUUACAGUAUUCACACUACAAAGAAAACUGUUAUCAAUAAAAAACCUGCUUGGUUUGGUCGUUUUAAACAAUACGCUCUUGAACUUGACCUGAAGAUUGAAGAUAUAUAGCUUCAAGUUCAUGAUUGUACCUUGACACUGUAUAUUUAUAUGCUUAAGUGUUGUUUUUAAAGAAAUCCUUUUAGAAUGUAAUUGCUAAGAUUUGUCAUAAACAUCGACUUCGUGAACCAAACCAAGUUCACGAUCUCAAAGUUUAGCACUUUUUUAU